CCUUCCUCAGGACCAGCUGUCCAGGAGCAUCCCGGACCGGAGCCAGGCACAUUCGGGACUUGGAUCUGACCAAGGGCGGCAGCAGCCGGGCUGGUGCAGCGAUGUCGGUGGUCGAAGAAAGCCGGCCCUUCGCUCAGCAGCUCUCUAACGUCUACUUCACCAUCCUCUCACUGUUCUGUUUCAAGCUCUUUGUGAAAAUCAGCCUCGCCGUCCUCAGUCACUUCUACAUAGUGAAAGGCAACCGCAAGGAGGCGGCCCGGAUAGCGGCUGAAUUUUACGGAGUAACCCAAGGACAAGGUUCCUGGGCAGAUCGGUCACCACUUCAUGAAGCGGCAAGUCAAGGUCGUCUUCUUGCUCUGAGAACAUUAUUAUCGCAGGGCUAUAAUGUCAAUGCAGUAACCAUAGACCACGUCACCCCGUUACACGAGGCCUGCCUUGGAGAUCACGUGGCCUGUGCCAGGACACUUCUGCAAGCUGGAGCUAACGUAAAUGCGAUCACCAUAGACGGUGUGACCCCGUUAUUCAAUGCGUGCUCACAAGGCAGCCCCAGCUGCACAGAACUGCUUCUGGAAUAUGGUGCCAAACCCCAGCAGGAGUCCUGUCUUCCUUCCCCUACACACGAGGCCGCCAGCAAAGGUCACCAUGAAUGUCUGGAAAUCCUCAUAUCCUGGGGCAUAGAUGUUGAUCAAGACAUUCCUCAUCUGGGAACCCCUCUGUAUGUAGCUUCUAUGUCUCAGCAGUUCCACUGCAUCCGGAAGCUUCUUUACGCUGGCGCUGACGUACAAAAAGGCAAAUAUUGGGAUACCCCAUUACACGCUGCUGCUCAGCAGUCCUGUACAGAAACUGUAAACUUACUGCUGGAAUUCGGAGCGGACGUCAAUGCCAGAAACACAGAGCUUCUGAGACCUGUCAACGUAGCGACCUCUAGCAGUUUGGUGGAAAGAUUACUGCUUCAGCAUGAAGCUACCCCAAGCUCUCUGUGCCAACUUUGCAGACUCUGUAUCAGAAACUACAUUGGAAGACCAAGAUUACACCUUAUCCCACAGCUCCAGCUGCCAACAUUAUUGCAGAAUUUCUUACAGUAUCGAUAAGGCAGUAAAAUAAUUCUAAAUGUUUGAAAAUCAAAAAUUUCUAUUUCAUCUGCAUAGUGUAUAUUUCAUAUUAAAAUAUGCUAAAGAUAGGGGAAAGAGAUAUGAGAACACCCCGGAGAAGAAGUGAAAUAGCAAUUUUAGUUAAAGAGUACUAGUACAUACUAUUGUUUUUUGCAUUUUUACUGUUUUUGAACUAUAGUAUGUUUAAAAUAUCUAUAUAUUACUAGCUAUUCCCAUAUAUCCCUUUGUUGAUU